AUGCUCACCGACUUCAUCCUCGCCCUCGGCGUGUUCGCUGGCUCGGCCGCCGCGAAGGGCGCGUUCCUCGUGUGGUCUGGUGGCGGCGAAGCUCCCUACUUCACCUCACCAGGCGACUACAUCAAGUCUGGAAACACCUUUGAGUAUUUCGGUGCUAAGACUUGGACGUGGGACCAGACUGGCGUACCCUCCCGCUUUGAACUGAGUGGGGACACGGGCUUGUGCCUCGCGGCUCGUGGUGAGGCGAAGGUGGACGCGGGCUUCGAGAUCAUCAAGUGCGAUCAGGCCCCGAAGUGGAGUCUCGUCAAGGUCGACGAGCACGGAUCCCGCAUCAAACUGGACGGUACUGAGAGGACAGGGCUGCACGACGUCGUGCUCAGGACGUGCUAUCCUGCCGAUCAUGCCGAUGUCAUCAACCAGGACUUCCAGGUCCAGUGCUCGGCCUGA